AGAUAUUUAGAUGCUCUUAUAAUUUCUACCGAGUACAAGAUGUGAUGCGUAUUUUGGUUUGACAAUACAGCAGCCCGUCUCAGUACUUUCUCGCUCUGCGGCGCCAGUGCGACCGAGCCGGUGACCGGUGUUACUGUAGACUAUACAUACCUACAGUAUUAUACAUACGUAGUGUAAAGAUGGCGUCGACGGUGUGUGUUUCUAGGUGCCGACUGUUAGCAAAAUUAGAAAUAAAUCGUGGAUUGUGUUUAUCACCGAUAUUAAGAGAUUUGUCGAAUAGCAGGGAGUCAUGGUGUCGUCGAUGGCGGCCCGCGCGCCGUACCUUCUUCACAAGUGUAUGUUCACAUGCAUCAAAAACGCCAACAAAAGUCGAAUCUGAGGGGCCCCGGAAGAAAAAAUCCAAAACAAAAAACUUGGCUUCAAUGGUAGAUAAGGCAAAAAUACAUGCAGGUUUCACAGAAGAGGUGACGGUGACGUACCGGCGCGGUCUGCCGGUGAUCACGGUGCCGCUGCCGUCGCGCCGGGAGCGAUGCCGCUUUACACUCCGUCCGGUCUCGCAGACCGUUGGCGAUCUGCUCGAACAGGUGAAGGCUGAAGAUCGCGGCGUGGAGCGCGCGGCGGCCAUCGCUGCCGACGAGCGCGUGCGCAUCGCCGCCAGCGACACGAUCGAGUCGCUGCUGGAGACCGACUUCCGACUCAUCAUCAACGACACAGAGUACUACGUCAAGACCCCGCCACAGGAGCGCUUGAGCCAAGAGGAGGUUACGCGGUUGAGUGACGUCCGGAACUUGGUGAACCAGCUCUACGAGGCCCUGAACGUACGCGAACACCAGAUAAGGAAGGAACGUGAGCUCAGAGCUCAACUGGAGAAGCUCUCCACUGAACUACAGCCUUUGGAGGAGAAGCGUUUGAGUUUGGAGGUGGAGACCACGCGGCGCACGUCAGCCCUCACGUGGGUGGGGCUCGGCCUCAUGGGCGUGCAGUUUGGAGUGCUCGCGCGUCUCACCUGGUGGGAGUACUCCUGGGACAUCAUGGAACCCGUCACCUACUUCGUCACCUACGGCACUGCUAUGGCAGCCUAUGCUUACUUCGUUUUGACUAAACAGGAGUACGUGUUACCCGACGUGAAGGACCGGCAACACCUGUUGACUCUUCAUAAAAAGGCGAAAAAGAUCGGCCUCGACAUCAACCAUUAUAACCAUCUUAAGGACGAGGUGGCAAAAGUUGAAAAAGACCUAGGUCGUCUGCGCGACCCCCUACACAUUCACCUCCCGGCCUCCUACCAGAUAAAAGGAGGAGACGACAAGCGCUCCCCUCUCACCAAGAUCAAGGACAUGCUGGAGGAAACCAGUAAGAAGAUGAAGAUCACGUAAUAUUGGCUGAAAAUCACGCGCCCCAAGCGGUAAGCGCGAUACGACGGUUGUUUAGAAAUAAAAUGCUUGUUGAUUAUAAACUGUAACGCUUGCUCGUGUGAAUUCGAAUUUAGAAUUUUGUUUUGUUAAGUUGGCAACAGAAAUUGUCAGUGUACUGUUUUUGAAUUUUUAAUGUAACGUUAUAUUGUGUUUUUAAAAUAUUGAAAAUGUUUUUGAAUUUUUUGAAGCUGUUUUUUAACGUGUUUUGAUAGUGAAUUUUUGGUUGGAAUGAGGUUUCAGAUGGAUACUGUAUAAUUUGAACUAACAUCGUUAGAACUUUAAAAUUUGAAUUCAUUUUAUUACAAAAGUAAAUAGUCUUUUGAUAGGUUAUGAAAACAUAAAAGAAAACAUCGAAAUUAAUAUUUUAUUUGAUCGAUUGUUAUUUCACGAAAACGUUUAUUAUAAUUGAUUUAAAAGUACAAAAUAAAUGCCAAAAAGAUUAUUUACUUUAAAUAAAAUUGGCAUAGACUAUUCGGUUUUUCUUUACUAACCAUAGAUUAAUGUUGUGUUUUAUUCAUCGCGAUCAUGUGUGUACGAGCAUUUUAGCCUUUUGUAAACGACCAGUUGUAAAAUUGUAAUGAAAUAGUCCCAUUUCAAUUCUUCGUAAAAAUAAAAACAUUUUAAAUAAUGACAGUUGUACGUCCCAUAGUAAGGAAACCAAAAAAAAUAUCUUGCCUUGUUACAAACAAUCUAGAAAAAUA